GUUCGAUAAACAAAAUUUCGAAGCGAAUCGGUCGCGCCGUUGAUAGUUAAGGAUAUCGCGAUAGAUAGAACACAAGUACUUGAAGUACUCAUUCCGAUAACGUGACUCGGAUAGAUAAAUUGCAUGUGUUGACACGUCGUUCAAUGUUGCGUAUAUUCAGAAAAGAAUUGCUUCGAGUGAGGAACCUAACCUUCGUAGACAGAAAAUUGUCAACAAUACCGAGCGUCAUGUUAUGGCCCUCUCUAAAUUAUACAAUAUCGCAUUGGAUUGUACGAUAUAUUACGGUCUGAGGGGCAUCAACAAUUUGUCCAGCAAGAAGUCUGCGAAUUCUUUCUACCCGUUAAGGCGAUAUUGUUCACAGCGCGUUAUGAAGGUCCUCAAUGUUGCCGAGAAGCCGAACGCGGCUAAAACUAUCGCUGGCUAUUUGUCGCACGGUACCAGCAGAAAGAGGGAAGGUUUUUCCGUGUAUAACAAGAUCUUCGAAUUUAAUGUACAACUAUGGGGUCAAAACUGCCAAAUGAUGAUGACGUCCGUGACCGGCCACUUAUUAGGCUACGAAUUCACCGGAGCCUAUAGCAAGUGGCACAGCUGUCAUCCGUUAAGCUUGUUUGAUGCCCCGGUAUCUAAGCAGUGCUUAGAUGACAAUUACGUAAAGAUUAAGAGGACCUUAGAGCGAGAAAUACGAUUCUGUGACACAUUGAUUAUUUGGACAGAUUGUGACAGAGAGGGGGAGAACAUAGGCUUUGAGAUUAUUCAAGUCUGCCAAGCAGUCAAGCGUAAUAUCCGUGUACAUAGAGCAAAAUUCUCAGAAAUUACGAAACAGUCCGUCGAAAGAGCCCUGCAAACUUUGGGAGAACCAGAUAAAGCAAUGAGCGAUGCCGUAGAUGUAAGAAGCGAAUUAGAUUUACGAAUUGGUGCUGCGUUCACGAGAUUUCAGACCUUAAGGUUGCAAAAAGUAUUCCCCAAUACUCUUGGAGAUAUGCUCAUCAGUUACGGAAGCUGCCAGUUUCCAACACUUGGGUUUGUAGUCGAGAGGUUUCUAGCCAUCAGUCGGUUCAAAUCCGAGCCAUACUGGAAGCUAAGAGUGCUCGACGAACGCGAAGAUAUGUCUGUAGAAUUCAGAUGGGCCAGGGUAAGAUUGUUCGAGAAAAUACCUUGCCAGAUCUUUCUGGACAUGUGCCUGGAACAGCCGGAAGCUACGGUAGAGAAGGUAACGUGCAAACCGAAGAGCAAAUGGAGACCGCUACCCCUGGAUACUAUUGAAUUAGAGAAACAAGGCUCUCGUAAGUUGCGCAUAAACGCGAAGGAGACGAUGAGAAUCGCGGAGAGAUUGUACACCCAAGGUCUCAUCAGUUACCCACGGACGGAAACAAAUAUAUUCCCGAAGGAAUUGAAUCUGGCACCUUUGCUAGAGCAACAGGUAAACCAUCGGGAAUGGGGUGACUUUGCGCGAAAUUUACUGGACUCCGGAAUAACUCCCAGGCAAGGAAAGAAAAGCGAUGAAGCGCAUCCUCCUAUUCAUCCUACAAAAUAUGCCGACAAUUUGCAAGGAAACGAAGCGAAGGUCUACGAAUUUGUGGUUCGACAUUUUCUGGCUUGUCUGUCGAAGAACGCGGAGGGCCGGGAAACAACGGUGGAAAUCAAUAUAGCGGAAGAAAGAUUCACGGCUAAUGGUCUCGAAAUCAUAGCGAAGAAUUAUCUUGACGUGUAUGUAUACGAAAAAUGGAACAGCAAACAAAUUCACCCUUAUGAACAGAGACAAGUUUUCCGACCGACCACCAUCGAUAUGGUGGAAGAGAAGACUUCGGCGCCGAAUUUGUUAACCGAGGCCGAGUUGAUCGCACUGAUGGACAAGCACGGUAUCGGUACGGACGCUACUCACGCUGAACAUAUCGACACCAUCAAAUCCAGGCAAUAUGUGGGUUUAACGGACACUCAACAUUUCAUGCCGGGCAAAUUGGGGAUUGGUCUGGUCAUGGGUUACGACAAUAUGGGUUUCCAAAUGUCCAAGCCGCAUUUGCGCGCGGAGUUAGAAAAAGAUUUACAGCUGAUAUGCCAGCGUCAAAAAGACCCGAAUGAAGUGUUACAAAAUCAAGUUAAUAAAUAUCGCGAAGUAUUCAAAGUGGCGAUAGAACGCGCUAAACUGAUAGACGACUCUUUAGCACACUAUCUCGACGAGAGACCUAUCCAAGCUGAGCAAGCACUGGUUGCUCAAGAGAGUGACGUCGCUGUAUUCAAGUGUCCAAAAUGCGGCUCUAACAUGGUUCUAAGAGAGAGACGACAAGGCAGAGGAAAAUAUAUCAGUUGCAUGGGAACGUGCACCAACGUGAUCUGGUUCCCAGAAACUGUAGAAGAUGUGGAGGUUUUGAACGAAAUAUGCAAUCAGUGUACAGAAAAUAUACGCAAAUUAAAAUUCAAAUUAGUCAGGACUAUGGUACCCUUGUACGGUACCGCUUACACAACUUGUAUAGGCUGUGAUACCGAAUUCAGAGAAAUGUCGGACAUCAGGGAGGAUUGCAUUAAACAAACUGGAGAGAGAAGAGCGAAUUAUACUGGUCACAGUAAUACGAGGGAUACAGGAUACAGCUCCAUUUCUACCUCAAGUACAGCCCAAUCGCGAAGUAUUCAACAACAGUCCGUUUCUAGUAGUAGAGGAAGUACUGUUCGAAGUAACAACAAUGUUGGCUUGAUCGGAAUUUCUGGCACAUCUGAAAGCCGUACACAAAACCAACAUUCUAAUGUUUCUCAGCUGAAUAGAUCAAAUAGGCCGAAUACCGAUAGAAGUACAACGUCGAACAAUAGAGAAAACCAUAAUUCUUGGGGAAUUAAUUCGGGUGAUUUCAAUAGUUCGUUGAACAGAUCAAAUCCAUAUGCGGCCAGAAAUACUCCCAACACGAAUCGUAUAACCAAUACGUGGGGUAACAUUGACAAUAGUUCUGAGAUUAUGUGUCAAUGUCACGAGCUUGCGAUCCAGUUAACAGUUAGAAAAGAGGGACCAAAUAAAGGACGUUUAUUUUACAAAUGCGCUAAACCGCAAGGUAGAGGUUGCAAUUUUUUCUUGUGGGCAACCCCGAACCCCGAACCUGAAGAUAACGCAGCGAACGAACAUUCAAGUUGGGUAUCUAAUCUGAACAGAAACAAUGAUGGUGCUGGCAACGUCUCUCGCGUUGGCACUUCUAAUAACGAUUGGGGAAGCUCAUCCACGAACGAUGUUAUAUGCCAGUGUGAUCAGCCCGCUCGAAAGCUGACGGUUCAUAAGGACGGCCCCAAUAAAGGACGGCAGUUUUACGGAUGUCCCAAAGGUAUGAACUCCACCUGUAAGUUCUUCAAGUGGGCAGACGAGGAUGACGCCGGUAGUCACGAGAACACGGACUGGAGCAAUUCCACUGCGAGAGGAAGAGGGAAUACAGCACGAAGCAGAAUGCCUCAAAAAGGCGGUGCCCCCAAAAGGCCUAGACUUACCGGGGGCAAGAGAAAGUGCGGAAAUUGCGGAAUGGAAGGUCAUACGAGGAACAAAUGUCCAUCAAGUGGGAACUGACAAGCGAAUUUUUACAGUAUUGUAAAUAAUGUACAGUUUGUAACGAUUAAAGUUGUAAAAAGCUUAAGUAGAACUGAAUAGUGUCAAAUAUGACUUUUAUCUGUAAAAUUCAACUUCUGCCUCAUUGAAGUGAAAACUUUCAUAAGUUUUAAGAUGGUUAAAGGUGGUUCGAUAAAGUUUUAUAGUUACUGUGUAUGUCCUCGACGCAAUUAACAAUGUUUAAUAUAUUAAACGACAACUCGUUUGUUGUGAGAAAAAUUA